CCUUUUGCCGAGGUCCGGGCGCUACCCGUCGCGUCGCCGCGGGCGGCGUGCCCGCUUCCAAGAUGGCGGCGGCGCUGUCCGGCAGGAUCGGCCGGGCGGGCUGGCGACUCCUACAGCUGCGAUGCCUUCCCGUGUCCCGUUGCCGACCAUCCCCAGUGCCACGUGCCUUCCAUGCUUCAGCUCUGGGGCUAAGGUCUUCAGAUGAGCAGAAGCAGCAGCCUCCCCCCUCUUUUUCUCAGCAGCGUUCUGAGACACAGGGGACAGAAAAACCCAAUCCGGAGUCUUCUCAUUCACCACCCAGGUAUACGGACCAGGGCGGUGAGGAGGAGGAGGACUAUGAGAGUGAGGAGCAGCUGCAGCACCGCAUCCUGACGGCAGCCCUGGAGUUUGUGCCCGCCCAUGGGUGGACGGCAGAGGCUAUUGCAGAAGGAGCCCAGUCUCUGGGUCUCUCCAGUGCAGCAGCCAGCAUGUUUGGGGAUGACGGCAGUGAGCUGAUACUGCAUUUUGUGACCCAGUGCAACGCUCAGCUCGCCCGUGUGCUGGAAGAGGAACAGAAGCUGGUACAGUUGGGUCAGGCAGAGAAGAGGAAGACAGACCAGUUCCUGAGGGAUGCAGUGGAAACCAGACUGAGAAUGCUGAUCCCGUACAUUCAGCACUGGCCCCGGGCCCUCAGCGUCCUCAUGCUCCCCCACAACAUCCCAUCCAGCCUGAGCCUGCUCACCAGCAUGGUGGACGACAUGUGGCAUUACGCUGGGGACCAGUCCACAGACUUUAACUGGUACACCCGCCGAGCUGUGCUGGCUGGCAUCUACAACACAACAGAGCUGGUGAUGACGCAGGACUCCUCCCCGGACUUCGAGGACACUUGGCGCUUCUUGGAAAACCGAGUUAAUGAUGCAAUGAACAUAGGCCACACUGCCAAGCAGGUAGCUGGGGGCUAG